AUGUCUCUCUCAGCGCGAACUUUGCGAACGCCGAGGAGACAGCGCAUAAUUGUUGUUCCUAGACCACCUGCUUAUGCAGCUACACCAAUAUAUGCGAUGUCAGCGGUAUAUAGAUCACUACAAACGCCUGCAUCUGAAAGAACACUGUUAAACAUUGAAGCAAUUUACUCAUAUUUGAAAAAUUGGCCAGUAUUUACAUCUCUUGUAUCUAAUGAAAAGAUUCAAAAAGAUAUUUGCAAAGCAAUUCAACUAGAAAAAUACGAUGAUGGAGAAAUAAUAUAUAAACUCGACGAUUUAUCGGAUGGAUGGUAUCUCAUAUACUCAGGAAAUGUAAUACUAGUUGAAAAGUGCGAUUACCCGCCAACAGAUCCCGAUGAACAAUUAUCAGAAAAAUAUUUUAGAAGAAUUCACAAUCCAUACUUGAAAAAUCAAAAUUUUCGGAUUGUUCGUAGAGCUACAGUAUCAGAAGAUAUCGGAAGACAAGAAAUGAUGUCAAAUUCUUUCCGAAAGCAAUAUUGUUUGUCUGUUGGUACAACGGAAGUAUUAAGAGUCGAUCCAUAUACAUUUAAAUUUGUUUUAGAUUCAUACGAAAGCUUUAUAGUUCAAGAAAGAGCAGGUUUAAUCCUUCAUAUCAGAAAAUUAGAACCUUUAUUUGAUUAUCAUGACAUUUCUCAAUAUGUAGCUGAAUCUUUGAAAGAUAUCAGCCUUGAAAGAGGUACGGUUAUUAACAGAUCUAAUCCAAUCGAAAACGGUUUUUUAUUAAUCCAAUCUGGACUUAUAAAAGUAUAUAGAAAGAUAAACUUCUCAAAUAUUAGAGUAUUACCAAGCUGCCUGAACGUCGGUGAUCGAACAAUUAUCCUUCCAAAUGGAAUAUCAGAUCUUGUUUCAGGAACAUACGGGGAAAGUACAAUUUUGGCACUUCCCGAGAUGUAUACAUCAACUGAAUACGAUUAUAGAGCAGUUGUUGUGAAGAAAGUCAAAGGUCUGAUCCUCCCAUACAAAGAUUUCUUUUCGCUAAUUCCGAUGACUGUCCAAAAAAAGAUUUUAGCGAAUGUCUUGGACACGAGGAACGAACAAAAAGUAGUAGACGACUAUAUAGAUCAUGAGAGGAAGAACAUAUGGAAGAGCUAUCGCACGAAAUGCUUUGAUGAAGCGAUCGAGAUAAAUUCCGUUUCCAAAAAUUCAUGUUAUGAUGAUGUUUUGGCUAGAAGUCCACGUACACCUGAUUCUAUACCAUCGUACAGGCCUAGAACGUAUCAUAUUGCAAGAAGAACGAUGCCAUAUUGA